CGAAUGGCGGGAGAGCAUGGCCAGAGCUUUAGCGCAGGGCGCGGCCAUUGGUGACGCAUGCCAGGGAGCCCGGCGCCCGCGAUUCCACCAUUAGCGAGGCCUCACACCCAGCGCUUCAAGUUCGGGGCUGGAGGCGUCCCUGCUUCCUCCUCUAAGAGGCGGGUCGGCCCCGCCCCCGCGCCCCGGGUCGCUUGCCCGCGGCCCCUCCCACCUCCUAACUCCUGGCCUCCCCCGGCGCAGCGCACUCCCCGCCGGCCCGCAGCCUGACACGCCGCGCGGUCCCUCAGUCUCCUGCGGUCGCCUCCCCAGGCAUGGCACAGGGCCUCGCCACACUAUGGCAGCAGCAAGACACAGCACGCUCGACUUCAAGCUCGGCGCCAAAGCUGAUGGUGAGGCCAUUCUGAAAGGCCUUCAGUCCAUUUUUCAGGAGCAGGGGAUGACAGAGUCAGUGCACACCUGGCAGGACCAUGGAUAUUUAGCAACUUACACGAACAAGAAUGGCAGCUUUGCCAAUUUGCGAAUUUAUCCACAUGGAUUGGUGUUGCUGGACCUUCAGAGUUACGACAGUGAUGUGCAAGGCAAACAAGAAACUGACAGCCUUUUGAACAAAAUAGAAGAAAAAAUGAAAGAAUUGAGUCAAGACAGUACUGGGCGGGUGAAGCGAUUACCACCCAUAGUUCGCGGAGGGGCCAUUGACAGAUACUGGCCUACUGCUGAUGGGCGCCUGGUUGAGUAUGACAUAGAUGAAGUGGUGUAUGAUGAAGAUUCACCAUAUCAGAACAUCAAAAUCCUACACUCGAAGCAGUUUGGGAAUAUUCUCAUCCUCAGCGGGGAUGUUAAUUUGGCAGAGAGUGACUUGGCAUAUACCCGUGCCAUCAUGGGCAGUGGUAAAGAAGACUACACUGGCAAAGAUGUACUGAUUCUGGGAGGCGGCGAUGGAGGCAUAUUGUGUGAAAUUGUCAAACUGAAACCAAAGAUGGUCACUAUGGUAGAGAUUGACCAAAUGGUAAUUGAUGGAUGUAAGAAAUACAUGCGGAGAACAUGUGGAGAUGUCUUAGACAAUCUUAGAGGAGACUGCUAUCAGGUUCUUAUAGAAGACUGUAUCCCAGUACUGAAGAUGUACGCCAAAGAAGGGAGAGAGUUUGAUUAUGUGAUUAAUGAUUUGACAGCUGUCCCUAUCUCUACAUCUCCAGAAGAAGAUUCCACAUGGGAUUUCCUCAGACUGAUUCUCGACCUGUCAAUGAAGGUUCUGAAACAGGAUGGAAAAUACUUCACACAGGGGAACUGUGUCAACUUGACUGAAGCCCUGUCGCUCUAUGAAGAACAGCUGGGGCGUCUGUAUUGUCCUGUGGAAUUCUCAAAAGAGAUUGUCUGUGUCCCUUCAUACUUGGAAUUGUGGGUGUUUUACACUGUUUGGAAGAAAGCUAAGCCUUAAAGAUGAGAAUGACGUGUGCUGCGAGCCACCUUCCUGACCUCCAUAUGCCGUAUAUGCCAUCAAAUGUGUCAGGCAACUGCUCAUGAAUUCCUUCUAGUGGUUUUCACUUUUAAUUAUUAUUUUUAAUUUAAAAAAGCCAAUGGGAAAAAUGUAUAUUUUGAUGAGUUAGGAUGUUAAUUUUAAAAAGUCAGCCGAAGGACAAUUAGACAGCCCAGCAAAGACUGCAGAAUGCACUGACCCCCUAGAAUGUGAUUUUAGUAUUUUUUUUUCUCUGUGUGGGGUUUGGGUUUUCAUUUUGGUUUCAGUAGACCUUUAAUUUGGACAUGUGGAGGAAUGAACAUCAUUGUUUUGUUCUGGAGAGAAGUUCCUGAUAGUGUUUCUCCCCUCUCACCCCCAAAUUGACUUAGAUAUUAAAAUUUGGUGCUUUUAAAGGUUUUAAAAGAGUGAUUAGCAGUGCUUCAAUUAAAAUGACAAAGGAGACCUCUUACGGUGUUUGUCCCUUUAUUUCAGCCUCUCUUCCUCUUUCUUACCUCUGAUGGCCUAGGGCAAAGGUGUAUUCUAUCUAGACUGUUAACUGCACUCAGCAUAAUGUCAAGGCCUUGAGGAACGAUCCACAACCUAUUAUAUUUGCCGCCCCCCCAUUAUAAAGUUGUUCCAAGGAUAGCAGAAGAUUUUUGCCUGCCUGAAAAGGGUGAAAGUCAAAGAUGAUUUCUGUUACUGCUCUCCCUGAUUAGAGAUCCAAAGGCCUUUGAGAAGACUGUAGGAUGUGCAAGUGCACACUAGAGUUCAUGUAGUCCUGUGGCAAAAUAACUUAACUCUUAAGAAAGUGCAUGUGAAUAGCAACUUGGCAUUGUAUUGUGGAUAAUUUGAAUUGUCUAUCCUAUUGUUUGUGUAAAAUAUUUACACUGUAUCAGUAGAAUGGUAUUUUUUUUUACAGCAAGUAAAACAUUGAAAAUUUACUAAUGGAAAUCAGGCUCAAGUUUCAUUGUCCCUCCCAAGAUAGGAAGGAACAAAUAAGACAGGACAAGACAAAUGAUCUUUAAAAGUGAGCGCAAACCUAUGCCAUUUGUUUUAGAUUGACAUGGAAGAAGAAACAAUAGAGAAUAAAAGGAGUUGAUAGUUAUGUUCAAAUUAGAUGCAUUUAACAAUAUUUUUGGUGCAUGCAUAGGGUAAAAACAGCCCAGUAGACACUUCUCCACCCAAAUUCUUCCCCAGUGCUUUGAAAACUUUGUAUAUUGUGGAGAAUUGAAAACAAAUGUACUGCUACAGUUAGAAUAUUAGCUAAGGCCAAUUGCCCCUUACCCACUGUACUGUUAUUCUUACGAUUACUUUUGAAACAGUGACUGUAUGUAUGUAGCCCAGUCUAACCUGGAGCUUAUUAUGUAGCCUAGGCUUUCCUGGAAGCUCACAAGAAUUGAGCUUGUACCAUCACACAGCUUAAUUCUUGUUACCAUUUAAGUAAAGAAAGCAAGUAUAUCAGCUGCUGGGGUAAUAUUAAUGAGGGGACUGACCUGCGUGAUCCGUGAAGAGUAACUUGAGGCCAUAACCACAGAUCCACUCAUAAUUCGGGUGACUCAGUUCCUGCUAAGCACCAGGUGGUAGAAAUGAAGAGGAUAAGGUUAUGUGAGGCUAAUUGGUUAUGAGAUGCAUUUGGGAUAAAAUGAAGGAAGUGGUGUUGAGGAAAGGAGGAAGAAAGAGGUUUUUAUCUUGAGUGAUAAAUGUGAACUCAGAUGUGACUGAUUUGCUGAAGGAGGGUCUCCGUUUUGAGCCCUUGUUAUUUUGACACCGAAGCAUGCAAACUGAACCAACACCCACCCUACCCUGUGCUCUACUCCGACCCACCUUCGCUUUGGCUGCCUCUUAAGGAAUGCUAAUGGAUUUGUUGUUUUUCUUAAUACUGUAGUGUUAUGUAGUGUGAAAGAUUCUUUUAACAGUGGAAUAUAUUAUGGUGUCCUGCUUUUUUUUUAAUGAAAGACAAAACAAAUAUGGAUAGAGUUUAAAUUCUGUUCAACACAGCAGAUACUAAGAAUUGAUUUAUUAAGACAUGAAAUGCUGCUUUCUCUUGGAAAUGUGAUUGAAUAUUUAUAAAAGAGCUCCACCUGGGCCGGGGAAGGCUGGGUUGGUGGUGGUUUUAGUGGGCUAGAACAUUACUAUCUGAAUAAACAAAUGUGCUGCUUCUUCCUGUAGACUUGGAAUAGUCAUGUCCUUGCUUUCCCUAACAAUUGCUGACACAAGACUUUGUAUUUCUGCCUGUCAUCUGUCUCUCAAUAAAUGGAUCAAUUUCAU